CAAGAAUCUAAGCAGCCGAGUGCCUUAAAAAUGGCCACCAUGACCAGGAGACGCUCGUCGGCGGCAUCCACAUGUUCAUUUAGUUCAGCUUGUUAUACUGGCAGCUCGGAUGAAGACACUGUAUCCCCGCGUGAAAAGAAGCAACGUAAUAGCGCUGGUAACUCGGAUUUUUGUGUAAAGAACAUUACUUCACAGCACGCCUUCGGGAGGAAGGAAAUUGAAAUUGCCGAAAAAGAAAUGCCUGGUAUACUUGCACUUCGUAAGCGCGCAUCACAAGAUAAACCUUUAAAAAAUUCUCAAAUCGUGGGUUGCACUCAUUUAAAUGCGCAGACAGCCGUACUUAUUGAAACGUUAGUAGAGUUGGGUGCCACCGUACGCUGGGCAGCCUGCAAUAUAUACUCCACUCAGAACGCAGUAGCCGCUGCACUCGCUGAAGCAAGUAUCCCAAUAUUUGCAUGGCGUGGUGAAACCGAAGAAGAUUUUUGGUGGUGCCUAGAUAAGUGUAUUAAUUCUGCAAACUGGCAUCCAAAAAUUAUAUUCGACGAUGGCGGCGACGCCACCCACUUAAUGUGGAAAAAAUAUCCCAACCUUUUCAAAGCAAUCAAAGGCAUUGUUGAAGAGAGUGUGACUGGUGUGCACAGAUUGUAUCAGCUCGUGAAGAACAAAAAAUUAACAGUUCCAGCAAUAAAUGUUAAUGAUUCUGUUACGAAAGCAAAGUUCGAUAACUUUUAUAACACCAAGGACUCUAUUUUGGAUAGUCUAAAACGAUCAACGGAUAUUAUGUUUGCUGGUAAACAAGUAGUUGUUUGCGGCUAUGGCGAUGUUGGUAAGGGAUGUGCACAGAGUCUUCGGGGGCAGGGAUGUAUAGUGUAUGUAACUGAAGUCGAUCCAAUCUGUGCGUUACAAGCCGGUAUGGACGUCUUUCGAGUAGUGCGUCUAAAUGAGAUUGUUCGUCAAGUGGACCUUAUUGUGACGGCUACUGGCAAUAAGAAUGUGGUCACUCGCGAGCAUAUGGAUCGAAUGAAGUCUGGAUGUAUUCUCUGCAACAUGGGCCAUUCUAAUUCGGAAAUCGAUGUGAAUAGUUUACAUUCGCCUGAGCUGUCCUGGUUGAGAGUACGUUCCCAGGUUGAUCACAUUAUUUGGCCGGAUGGGCGCAUAGUAAUUCUAUUAGCUGAAGGACGUCUUGUUAAUUUGUCUUGUUCCACUGUUCCAUCAUUUGUAGUAUCGGUUACGGCUUCAGCACAAGCGCUGGCUCUUAUUGAACUUUUUAACGCACCAGUUGGCCGCUAUAAAUCCGAUGUUUACCUGUUGCCUAAAAAGAUGGAUGAAUAUGUCGCAAGCUUACAUUUACCAGUUCUGGACGCACAUUUAACUGAGCUCACCGAUGAGCAAGCUAAAUACCUAGGACUAAAUAAGGCUGGACCUUUCAAGCCCAACUAUUACAGAUACUAAAAUAACAAAUGUUUGUAUUAAAUUUUAAUCCUGAGAACUACGAACGAGCCAACAACUGAAAAUAGAAGUUCAUAUUUUACUGUUCAUUUGUUUAUGUACAAAUCUAUGCAUACACAUACACACAUAUAUGUGUAUGUGUUUUUGCAUUUUAAGAAUAAAUGAAAAGUACCACGUUAAAAACAAUC